UACUUAAAGUGAGGUGAAUUAAUUUUGAUCCAGUCCAAAGACUGAAUUAAUUUUGAUCCAGUCCUAGGACUGGAUGAAUACACUUCAUCAGGUAUCCAGUAUUAUCAUGUGAGCAAAAUAAAGCAAUAUGGUUGGCUAAUUUACUCAUGAAUUAUUAAUGAGUUUGAGAUAGCAUAAUACAGUCUGUACACUGGCUACAAUAACCUGACUAAUUUGUUCAGCUUCUAUUGCCUGUCCAAUGAAAUAAGUAAUUUUUCACUGCUCUAUAGUUUUAACUACGAAAUUAGAAUUAACUACGAAAUCCGAAUCCUUGUCGGUGCAUGCAAAUAAUAUAUUUUUUGCCAUGCAAACAAACGAAAAACUUAUUGCUAUAAGUAAUAUCAACCAUUUUCUAAUUGUUCUUUACAGCAAAAUGAUUUCUGCCCUUGGACGACCGUUUGACUUGGGGAUGCUUUACGACCGUCGUUCAGACAAGUUAAUUCUUGGCAAAACGUUGUGGUCUCCUGAUCAUUUGAAUGCCGCCCGUAACAUUAUACCCAGACCAUUUACCAAUUCCGAAGUAUUCAUGGAAAACGCAAUUGAAGAUAAAGCUAGUGCUCUUAACAUAGAAGCAAGCCUAAAGUUAAGCUUUCUUUCUGGGCUAGUGAAUGUGGAAGGAGCGGCAAAGUAUUUGAAUGAUACCAAAACAUCGAAGCGACAAUCUCGUGUCGUGCUGAAAUAUGAAACAACAACGGAACUUAAACAGCUGACAAUGGAGCAUUUAGGAACAGGAAAAAUUCAAUAUCCUGAGGUUUUUGAAACAGAUAUAGCAACGGAUGUAGUGGUUGGUAUACUAUAUGGAGCAAAGGCAUUCAUGGUAUUUGACAAGGAACUUUCGAAAGACGAAUCUUUAAAAGAAGUACAUGGAAAUAUGGAAGUGUUAGUGAAAUCCCUGCCAGGCAUUUCUGUGGAUGGACGUGGUUCUGUUGAGAUCACAGAAGAGCACAAGAAAAAUACCGAAAACAUGCAGUGCAAGAUGUAUGGAGAUUUCCGUACAAACGAAAGUCCAACAAAUUAUGAAGACGCAGUUAGAAUUUAUAAGCAGUUACCCUCACUAAUUGGUGAAAAUGGAGAGAACGCAGUUCCAAUUCAAGUAUAUUUGUGUCCAUUAAGUAAUAUCGACAGCAAAUGCCAAAGAAUGGUGAGAGAAAUCAGUGCUGACUUAGUAAGCAAGACCGCUACAAUGCAAGAACACCUCCAAUCUGUCAUCGCAGAAUGUAACGACCUACUAAGAGAAGAAGUAUGUGUUCUUUUCCCAAGGUUAAAAAAGCAACUUAAUAGUUUCAUGAAUAAUGUUGAGUUGUACAAAGUUGUUUUCCAGAAAAAAAUAUUGUCACUUCUUCCCAAAAUUCGAGGUGGAGGAGCAGAGGAAAUUGAGCUGGCAAAAUUUAUUGAGCAGAAAGAAACCUCACCAUUUUCUUGCAGCAUUGUUGAACGUUGGCUUGAAGAUAAGAAACACGAAAUCAAGAGGUUACAGGGAAUUAUUCAGUCAUUGGGAGAAACUCCAGUUGUCAAUCCAGAAGCUGUAGAGAAUGAGGUGAAUGAUCCAACUAACGAGUUCAUGGUUUGUUGCACUUUCAAAAUUGCUUGCGAAGAAGACGACCAAAUUUUAAAAAUGAAUUCAUAUAUCAAUGGCGACGUACCAAAUGAAGGUUCUACAAAAAAUACGUUCAGGGCAGACGAAAAAUCAACUCACAAAAAAGUUCGUCAAACAUUGAGACAUUUUAUAACUCUGAAAUCUGUUAAUGAAGAAAACAAUUCGGUGAAAUUUCUCGCCACGGAUAAUCCGCUUUCUCGUGAUUAUGGAGGAAAUACCGGUGCUUUUCUUUAUUUCUAUGAAGAGGGAGAGCUUGAGAAUGAAGAUUUUUGUUCAUACCCCAAGCCGAACAACCUGCGAGGUAUAGAAGCGGGAGAAAGUACAUUGCAACUUUCCUGGGAUGAUUCAGCUGGAAAUAAUGUCAUGAGUUAUAAGGUUCAAUACAAAGAUGAAGCAAGCACGGACACGUGGUCAAGUGUGGAAGUUAAAUCUAGCGGCGAUAGUCAGCAAACGGCUACUCUUACUGGACUUCAACCAGCUACAAAUUACAUCAUCCGAGUCUGCGCAGUACGAAAGAUCAUUGUUAGUGAGUAUAGCGAGGUAUUUUCCGCGACUACCAAGCCAGCCAGCCCUCCUGGUAAACCACAACUAAGUGAAGUCACUUCCGAUUCAAUAACAAUUGACUUUGAGAAACCACAACUUCUCGGAAAGGAUGUUCAGAUCAUCAACUACAAAGUCGAAUGGAGCAGUGAUACAAGUUGGACAACUAGGAACGUACAACAUACUGAAGAUUCAACGACAACGUUUACUCUUAAAAAUCUUGAUCCAUUAAUGUCUUAUUUCUUCAAAGUCACGGCUAACUGUGGUGACGCCGGAGAAAGCAACAGCAGUCCUUCCAGUGAUGCCUUUUCAACCUCUGCCCCAAAAUCGACGUUUCAGCCGGUCAAGGUACUUGGUUUAUGCAAGCUUAUUGAACCACCUAAGGAUAAUAAACCUGCUGUUUAUGCUCUUCCUUUAACUUUGGUGCAAGAAGAUGGUGUUCGUCAGUUACGCAAAUACGAAAUCCAUCUCGGUGGUGAAAAAGAUUGUUCGCAACUUUCAAAUACACCAAAUAAAGUAAUAAUGAUGGUUGGAUCAACUGGUUCAGGAAAAACUACCACAGUGAAUGCUCUGAUCAAUCAUGUUCUCGGUGUGAAAUGGGAAGAUUCGUUUCGAUUGAAAAUGAUUCAUGAAGAUUCUUCCAACCAAGGAACAGAGAACAUCGGGAAGCAGAUAUGGAGCCAAACGCAAUUUGUAACUUGUUACACUUUGCCUCACUUAAAAGGUUUCAAGGUGAACAUUUCUUUAUUUAGUUUCGGGUAUCUCCCUCGGUAAAACAAGAAUAUAGUUUUUCGUGGACGGAAAUUUCAAGCGACUAUAAGCCUUAGGGAUCAAACCUGCUUUCCAGUGAUUCCAUUGCAGUGCGCUGACCACUUAUAGUUUUUUUGUUUUCUGGUCCUAUCGGAUCACAUACCUUGACAUGUCUGAAAGUUAUUGUUACAAGGUUGUGGCCCACUUUUAAGGUUAAAAAAAUACUUUUAAUCGGUGAUAAAGUAGGGAUGCUUCACCAUAUUUUGACUUAAAAUCAUUGAAGUGAUUUUAAAUUAACAGUCUAACAUGGGCAAAUAUCCAUGUUGCAAAUUAGCCUUAUUCACAAAAGCCAAAUUCACUUAUCAGUGUUCUUAACUCUUGUUACGCUGGUGGAAAACAUAUCAGCUUCUCUCCAAUCAUUCCAAGUAAAAAUAUGAUAAACAUCACUACUUUUAUAACCAUAUUAAAUAUCUGAACCUUAUAUCAACGAUAUCCUGCGGCUUGGCGGAUAUUCUAUAUAUCAUUUUGGUAGUGUUGUAUUUCUGUUUAUUAUGUACUCAUAUGUCGUUUACCCAAUUCCAUUGGUCGGAAGAGAAUCCCGAUAAAGUUGCUAAUGUUAACUUAUGCAAUAGACUAACGUUCAUUUUCUUACUAAAUUUGUUUCCCAGGUGCCAUACACCCUAACUAUUGUGGAUACCCCUGGCUUUGGAGACACCAGAGGAAUAAAACAAGAUGAAAAGAUAACGGAACAAAUCCGCACGUUUUUCAAUACCAGUGGUGUUGGAGGGAUUGAUCACAUUGAUGCCAUCUGUUUCCUUGCUCAAGCAGGUAUCCCAAGGCUUACAUCUACCCAGCGCUACGUAUUUGACAGAAUUCUAUCCAUGUUUGGCAAAGAUAUCAAGAAGAACAUAUCUGUUCUAUUCACCUUUGCUGAUGGCGAAGAGCCCCAGGCUUUAUCGUCGCUACGAGAGGCCGGAAUUCUUGAUAGCGAAGAGAAUUUUUUCAAGUUUAAUAACAGUGCUCUCUUCGUGGACAACGCCAAACACAAUAAUUUUGGGCAAAUGUUCUGGUCAAUGGGAAUUACUAGUUUCGAAAAGUUUUUAAACAGCCUUAAUGAAAUGGAGAGCAAAAGCCUUGUUCUGACAAAGGAGGUAAUGCAGGAAAGAGCGCAAUUAGAAGUUAGACUAAGUGGCUUGCAGGAAAAGAUAAACUGCGGAAUAAACACUCUGAGCCGACUUCAGCAACAACAGAGCAUAUUCAGCCAACAUGCCGUCGAAAUCAAUGCCAACAAGAACUUUAAGUACACUGUAGAGGAUGAAAUAAGAGUGCAAGUGCCCUUGGAAACUGGGAGGUACGUAACCAACUGUACCACUUGCAAUUAUACAUGCCACUACCCUUGCGGCAUCCCAAGGAGUGAAGACAAGGCACGCUGUUCAGCAAUGACCAAUGGACGCUGCGAUGAAUGUCCCAAUCGUUGUGCUUCGAGCCGUCAUAUUAAUGAUGCAUAUCGGAUGGAGACGAAGCGUGUAAAAGUUCUAAAAGAGUACGACAGCAAGAAAACGUUGUACCAGAAAGCAGUACAAGGACAAACCAAGGUCGAAGCACUCAUUAGCCAACUUAAAGGUGAAUUUGAAAGCACUCAGGAAAUUGUUCUUACGUUUGUAGCAGAAAUGCAGCGUGGCAUUAAGCGGCUCUCGGAAAUUGCUCUGAAGAAAGAUGCGCUGCAACAAGUGGAUCAUCUUGAUCUUCUUAUUCAAUCAGAAAAAAUGCAAGCUAAACCUGGUUUCAAAGAGCGUGUAAAAUCUUUACAGGAAACAAGAGAACGGGCUGAGCAGAUAAAUAAGAUGGUAAAACCUGGUUAUGACCCGUGGGAAAAGUACAGGGAGAACGAAGAAACACGAGUAUUCCUUCAAAAAGAUAACAGUCGGCAGAAAGGAAUUAUAAGGCGAUUAGCCAGUGCAGUUGCUAAUACAUUUAGUUAAAGAAGAUUUAUCUCUGUGAUUUGCAACAAAAUAUAAACAUGCAGACUGCACUGAUUUUUGGUUAUGGCAAAAAAAUACCUUCAUCGCAUAAAUUUUAAAUGAUACAUUAAGACUAUUUCUUUUUUAUAAAUAAGUAAAGCAAUUUUAGAACAGACGAGCAUGAAGUUAUUGAACUACAUUCCAUUUAAUUAUUAAUUCGUAGAUUCAGUACUAACGCCGACUUGAUUCUAUUUGGUGACAAUAUUAACAUGGAUAAUCAGUCAAUGGAUAAUCGCAUAUAAUCGAUAAUAAUUAAAGAGACUAGAUAAUGGAACAUGUGCAUGCAUGUAGUGAUUUGUUAGUUGGAUAUAUGGCGGAAAGACUAAAUUAACAGAGUGAUUUAUUUUGAUUAAUUGAACGUUUACUUCAAUAAUUAUACAAUAAGUUUUAAGAUACUGCGAGGUCUUAAAAUCGGAUUCAUUCAUUCUCUUGACUGAAUUAAUUUUGAUUCAGUGCAGGACUGGGUCAUAAUCAUCAUGUGAGCAAAAUAAUGCAACAUGCAUAGUUGCUAAUUUUAUUAUGAAUUAUUAGUGGUUUAGAUGUAAUAGAAAAACUAUAUACUGGACGCCACUGUCUGUAUGGAAUUUUAAAAUAUGCUAUGUUAACAACCUGAUCAGAACGGUCGUGUUGUAUUUAAUAGAAGAGACCUUAAGAUGUGGAGCAGCAAAGCAACCACGAUGGCCAAAACAUAAAUCUCCCGUGGGAUUUUAAUUAUUAAUUUCUUUUCUUAAAUAUUAAUUUCAUUGUAUUAAUUUCGUCGUCACGUUGCCGUCCUAGAGUCUCUACUAGAAACCUUACGAUUUAGGACGGCAACGCGACGGCAGCGGCUACCAAUACAAUAAAUCAUUGAAAAGAAUUGAAUAAUUACAAUAUAAGAAUAAUUUAAACAUUGUCCUCGCUCUGUUCACAACGCCAAAUCGCAGAUUUUCACGUCUUGAUACUUAACGGCUGCAUUUCAAGCCGCAACAAGUGCAACUUCAAACUGGGUUCAGCAGAGUUCUUCCCAACCAUAAAACUCAUGAUAAUAUACGACGAAUUAUCUUUACUACCAUUUAAUAUUUGAAGGAGUUUGUUUUGGCCGUCGUCGUCGCAUUGCCGUCCUAAAAUCGUAAAAGGCCCAUACAGACCGGACGCGAUUUGGCAACGCGACGCGAAUUUUCAAUUUUCAAUGACAUUUAACUUUAAUAUUUUUCUAUGUUUUUCAAAUAUUCGGAACCACUAAAGCAAUUUUAGCUAUUUGGUCUGCAUGUCUUGUAAAAUUUUUAUCCGUUGGCGGUUUUAUUUGUUUUUAAAAACUGAAAGUCGCGUUGUCGAAUCGCGUUCGGUCUGUAUGGGCCUUUAGGUAUACUCGCGAACCGCCGGACGGCGAUUCAUUAGAUAUACAUUACAACACGUAUGCAUUAAAUAUAUAUGGUAUUAAACAUCUUGUGAUAUGAAUCAAUUGAUGCCCAAUUAUCAUUAGAAAUAUGACCUGACUGGCGUGGCAACUUGCUCACGACAUCUCGCGCCAUUGUACGUUUUAUCACGCAUUGCAUAGUUAAUAGUUUGCAUGUUAUUGCUGAUUUCAUUAGAAAUGCUAUAAUUUUUAGAAAACAGUGCGGUUAAUUAUAUCUAAUUAUUUCGUGUGGUGACUUAUGUUGAUAUUUUGUACACUGUAUUGUACUGCAAAAAUCUUUCAAUAUACCAAAAUUAAAAAAUUCUGUAAUGUCAAAUUUUUUAUCGAAGAAAAC